AUGCCUUCUAUCCUAAUAAAGCAAAAAUACAUCUACUACACAGAUGACGCACAAAGCGAAGGAAACUCACCACGAACAACAACCGUCUUCAUCCACGGACUAGGCUCUUCAUCCUGCUUUUACAAAACCAUAAUACCCUCCCUCACAAAAAUCACGCGAUGCAUAGCACUUGACACCAGAGGCUCAGGACAAUCGCCUCUCGGCGGCUUGCAUCAAUCAAUCGACUCCAUAGCCCGUGACGUGGCUUCCUUACUAGACGCUCUUGGAGUUCAAGAAGUGUUCGUAGUAGGCCAUUCAAUGGGCGGGACAGUAGCAAGUGCGCUUGCAGCUACAGAUAAACGUGUAAAAGGGGUGGUGUUGUUGGGUCCCAUCAAUCCAUCACCGCAACUCACGGAUGUAUUUGAGAAGCGAGGAAAUGCGGUUCAUAAGGGUUCGUCUGGUCCGAUGAUCCAUUGGGAUGGUCUUGAGUCGUUGGCGAAUAGUGUUCCAAUUGCUGCUACGGGAUCGAAGGCUGGAUCGUUGCAUCACGCGUUUAUUCGGUCUAUGAUUCUGGGGACUUCUGUUGAGGGAUAUAUCUCGCUCUGUGGGGUUAUUGCAGACGCUAAAGCUCCAGAUUAUGCGAGUAUCAGGACCCCUUUGCUCAUCGUUGCUGGUGGCGACGAUAAGACUGCUCCUCUUGCUGGCUGCGAGGCAAUCUUGAAAGCGUACGGUACGUCUAACGCGGACAAAUGCCUAGAAAUUGUGGAUGGAGUUGGUCACUGGCAUUGUGUAGAGGACCCGGAGUCAAUUGCGCAAAAGGUCGGCAGCUUCAUUGAGCGCUCAAGCACAGCCCCAUAG